AUGCCCGGCCUGCUCGUCCUCGAGAACAUCGAUGGUGCGCUCUUCUGCGAGCACUGCGGGUCCUACGUCGAGCUGCCCGACGCGGAGCCCCUGCGCUGCUCGAGCUGCGAGGCGUCCUGCUCCUUCGCCGGUGCGUCGCGCCGGACGGGCGCCCCCGCGGCCCGCGCGCGCCGUCGACCCCCCCCCCCUUCGCGCCGCGCGUCUCGUCCCGCGCGCGCGCGCGCGCCGUCGACGACGCGCCGCCGCGCGCCGCGCGCAGACAGCGGCCUCGCGGACGUCGUCGUCGAGACGCGGACCGCGCCGAAGCCGCGGCCCAAGUGGGCGCGCGGCGCCGACGACGACGAGUACGACGCGGACGCGGGCCCGAAGAAGUCGACGCGCGCGACCGUCGAGGAGGAGUGCCCCGAGUGCGGCCACCCGGUUUUGGAGUUCUACACCAUGCAGAUGCGGAGCGUCGACGAGGGCCAGACGGUCUUCUACGAGUGCCUCAAGUGCCGGCACAAGUUUUCGCAGAAUAACUAG